ACUAGAAACAUGAAACUCUUUCUUUUCCUUUCUUUCAGUGUUCUCAUGUCACUUGAAGCACUCGGGAAUAGCCAUGAAAGUGAUAAGCAAACAUUAUUCAAGUUCAAGUCUCAAGUUUCUGAGGAGAAAAAAGUUCUGCUGUCUUCAUGGAACAACUCGUUCCCUCUCUGCGAAUGGACGGGGGUUACAUGUGACGGUAAACACAAUAGAGUGACUGGUUUAGAUCUUGGAGGAUUCAAAUUGGGUGGAGUGAUAUCGCCCUCUAUUGGUAAUCUUUCGUCUCUCCAAUCACUUAAUUUCACUAGUAACUCUUUUGGUGGAACCAUCCCUCAAGAGCUGGGAAACCUGUUUAGACUUCAGCACCUGUUUAUGUCAUAUAAUUUCCUUGUUGGAGGGAUUCCAACUAGUCUGUUCAACUGUUCUAGAUUGUUGGACAUUUCUUUAUAUUCAAAUCAUCUUGGACAAGGUCUUCCUUCAGAACUAGGAUCAUUGACGAAGCUUGUUAAUUUAGACCUUGGUAAAAACAACCUGAAAGGAAAACUCCCUGUAUCUCUAGGAAACCUGACAUCCCUCAGAGAACUUUCCUUUCUAGAAAAUAACCUGGAAGGAGAAAUUCCCGAUGUCAUAGCUAGAUUGACUCAAAUGGUGGUUUUUGCAUUAGAUACAAACCAUUUCUCUGGUGUUUUUCCUCCUGCUAUUUACAAUUUGUCCUCACUUCAGUAUUUGAGCAUGUUUGGUAACGGUUUCACUGGGAACCUGAGGCCUGAUUUUGGUAAUUUGUUACCAAACCUUCGAGGAUUGUAUAUCGGAAAUAAUUCUCUCACAGGAGCCAUUCCAUCAUCACUUACAAAUAUUUCAACUCUUCAAGUUUUGGGCAUGGAGCUUAACAGUCUGACAGGAAGUAUUCCUCGGAGCUUUGGAAAACUACAAGCUCUGCAAGUACUAUCUCUUAAUCACAAUUCUUUGGGAAAUUUUUCAGCUGGAGAUCUUGAAUUUCUUGUUGCUUUGACUAACUCCACCCAACUGCAAAUAGUAGAUGUGGCAUUCAAUAGGCUUGGGGGUGACUUGCCUGCCUCCAUUGUCAAUUUGUCAAUGAACUUCAACAUCUUACUUCUUCGAAAUAAUUUCAUAUCUGGAAGCAUUCCUCAUGACAUUGGGAAUCUCAUAGGCCUACAAGCAUUUUGGUUGUCCCAAAAUCUUUUGAAAGGACCAAUCCCAGCCUCUAUUGGGAAACUUUCGGGAAUGGUGGGAUUUGGUGUCCAUACAAAUAGAAUGUCAGGAGAGAUACCAUAUUCUUUAGGCAACAUCACACGGUUAGAAACACUCCAGUUGUUCAACAAUAAUUUUGAAGGAAUUAUUCCUCCAAGUCUUGGUAAAUGUAGCUAUUUGCUAGAUUUAUCUAUCGAGAAUAAUAAGUUCAAUGGUAUUACUCCUACGGAGAUUUUGCAAAUCUCAACCCUUGUUUCUGUAAACAUGUCAAAUAAUUUAUUGACAGGCUCUCUACCAGGAGAUGUUGGACGACUUGAAAAUCUUGGUACGUUAUCUGUUGCUCAUAAUAAGCUAUUAGGGAAACUCCCAGAGACUUUGGGAAAGUGUCUCUCAUUGGAAGAACUCCAUCUGCAAGGAAAUUCAUUUGAUGGAGUCAUUCCAGAUAUAAGUGGGUUGGUGGGUAUUAAGAAGGUUGAUUUCUCAGAUAACAAUCUCUCUGGAAGAAUCCCUGAAUAUCUCACAAAAUUUAGCUUGUUGGAGUAUCUCAAUCUAUCCUUUAACAACUUCGAAGGAAAUGUGCCAACAGAAGGAAAGUUCAAAAAUGCUACUAUUGUCUCUGUAUUUGGAAACCAAAACCUUUGUGGAGGCGUCUUGGAACUGCAACUACAGCCAUGUUUUACGCAACUAACAAGAAAUUCAAGAAAGAAACUUGUGAUUGGGGUAAGCGUAGGCAUAUCUUUGCUUUUGCUUUUGUUCAUGGCAUCAGUUUCUCUAUGUUGGUUAAAAAUCAGAAAGAAGAAAAAUAUUAAUGAAGCAACUCCUUCCACCUUGGGAUAUUUUCAUGAAAUGUUAAGUUAUGGAGAUAUUCGAAAUGCAACAGAUGGCUUCUCUUCGAGUAAUUUGAUCGGGUCAGGCGGCUUUGGAACUGUGUUUAAAGCAUCACUUGAUGCUGAGAACAUGGUUGUUGCUGUUAAAGUUCUAAACAUGCAGAGACGUGGAGCAAUGAAGAGUUUUAUUGCAGAAUGUGAAUCUUUGAAAGACAUUAGACAUCGUAAUCUUGUGAAAUUGUUAACAGCUUGUUCGAGUAUUGAUUUCCAAAGAAAUGAGUUCAGAGCUCUAAUCUAUGAGUACAUGCCAAAUGGAAGCUUAGAUAUGUGGCUGCACCCAAAGGAAAUGGAAAAGAUUUCUAAGCCCUCAAGAACAUUGACACUUCUGGAAAGGCUUAACAUAGCGAUAGACGUGGCUUCUGUUUUGGAGUAUCUUCACGUUAGUUGCCAUGAAGCUAUUGCUCAUUGUGAUCUUAAACCAAGCAAUGUUCUUCUAGACGAUGAUCUAACCGCCCAUGUCAGCGACUUUGGUCUUGCUCGGAUCCUUCUCAAAUUCGACCAGGAUGCUUUCAUUAACCAACUUAGCUCGGCUGGAGUAAGAGGAAGCAUCGGCUAUGCGGCACCAGAAUAUGGAAUGGGAGGAGAAAUAUCAGUACAUGGUGAUGCAUAUAGUUUUGGGAUUCUCAUGCUUGAAAUGUUCAGUGGAAAAAGACCAACCGAUGGGAUGUUCGGAGGAGACUUUACCCUCCGUAGCUGCAUCAAGUCUGCAUUGCCAGAGAAAGUAUUGGAUGUGGCAGACGAAUUGGUUCUUCAUAACGGCCUUAGAAUUGGCUUCCCUGUAGCUGAGUGCUUGACGAAGGUUUUAAAAGUGGGACUUGGGUGUUCUGAAGAGUCUCCAGCAAACCGCUUGGGAAUGAGUGAGGUUGUAAAAGAAUUAAUCUCAAUCAAGGAGAGGUUCUUUAAAGCCAGAAGAGGAGCUAAACAUUGAAGUGUCUGUCUCGUAUGCUUGCUCCUCUACAAAACUUGAAGACUUGUUGAUGUAUAAUAUUUCUUUUUAAUGUGCUUUGAAUGUUUUCUUUUGUUUUUGAAGGAAAUGCUUUGCGUGUUUUCAACAGAAUGCUAUGUUAUUAGCAGACAAAAGAUGACGUUA